GAGAGAAUAGAAACAGAACUUGAGAAAAUAAAUAUGGAGAACCUUAGAUUCGAUUAUCUGAUUUGUUCAGGUGUUCUAGAUAUCAAGUCAGAACUCUUUACAAAUAUGUCUGGAUCAGUUUCUGAUAUUUUUAAGGAGCCAUUUCGAAAAUAUAAGUUAGAACAGAAUCAUGAUAUAAUGGAAGCUUGUAAAGAAUUUAUUUAA